GUCGGCAGAAGCAUCAUUUACGUUACUGUCAUGGCGACCUACGGUGGCAGUUUUGAAAGUACCAACAACAUCGAGGCUCGAAAAGAAUAUAAAAGGAGAGCUAGGGAGGAAGUCAUUCAAGAGGCCAAAGAGAAGUAUGAGCAGGAGGAGAAGCGCAAGGAGCUGAAGAGGGCUCGCGGCGAGGACACCUGGAUGCUCCCCGACAUCGAUCACAGGCUGCAGCAAUUGAACGAGGAGACUACAGGGAAAGGCAAGAAAAAGAAAGAGAAGAAGGCCAAGAAGAGCAAGAAAGAGAAAAAGGAGAAGAAGAAAGCCAAGAAGGAGAGCAAGAAAGCGGCCCAGGAUGGAAGUGCAUCUGACAGCUCUGAGGCGUCUGCGGACGAGUGGGUGGAAGCUCAGCCGACGGGCCCGGAGAAAGCCUGGAAGAUCUCCGGCAGCGGCCAAGGCAAAUCCUCCGCCGGCGCCCCCAGCAACCCGGCCGACAGCGAGCAGAGAGACGAGUGGAUGACCUUUGACUUCCUGACCAUGAAGACCACGUCGACCGUUGAGCGCCGUGCGGAGAAAGAGCGAUUGAAGGAGGAAGAGAUGGAGAAAGCACGGGUCAUUGAGGAGGCCGGCCUGCACAAACUCGAACUCAAUCCUUUCUGGAAGGAUGGAGGAAAGGGCCUGCCCCCGGCGGAGGGUGCUGGAACUGCAGCUUCAAAAGCGUCGUUGGUUAAUGAUGGAGGCCUGAGCUGGCUUAGGAAGUCUUAUCAGCGAAUGAAGGAGCAGGCGGAGCGAGAGCAGCGCAGUCUGGAGGCAGUGGUGUCAGAGAGAUACGGGUCCAUGCAGGAGUUUCAGCAGAGGCUGCAGGACGCAGAAGAGCUGGCUUAUGGAGAGAGAUCAGGAGGUGGAAGAAGAGGAGGAGGAAGAGGAGGAGGAGGAGAUCGAGGGUGGGGCAGAGGGAGGUGGGGGAGAGGCAGCCAUAAUUCGUCCAACAGCCGGGACAGAAGGUCGCCCCCUCCAGACCAGGACCGGGACUGCAACCGGGAGAGGGACCGAGACGACGGCGACUGGAGACGUGACCGUGACCGAGACGACGGCGACUGGAGACGUGACCGUGACCGAGACGAUGACCGGAGACGUGAUCGCGACCGAGACGAUGACCGGGGACGUGAUCGCGACCGAGACGAUGACCGGGGACGUGAUCGCGACCGAGACGAUGACCGGGGACGUGAUCUUGACCGGGACCGAGAUGGAGACCAAGGCAGAGGCAGAGGCAGAGGCAGAGGCAGAGGGAGAGACAGGGACAGGGACGGAGACUGGAGGCGGGACCGAGAGAGCGAUGGCGACCGAGCGGACCGAGGACGGGGGGAGGACCGAGGCUACCAGAGAGACUGGCGCAGAGACCGGGACAGAGACCGAGACGACGGCAGGAUGGACAGGGGCCGGGACGACCACAGGAGGGACCGAGACGAACAGGCAGGUAGGAGCGCCGACCGAGACAGAAGACCCAGGGACGACCCAGCAAGACCCCGACCCGACGUCUCCCGACCCCAGCAAGACAGCCCUCGGCCCGGCCGUGACCAGGGCGCUGCCUCCCUGAAGGCCCGGUUCCUGAGGCCCUCAGACCAAGAUGAGGACGAGGCGGGCAGGUCCAGCUUCGGCGUGAGGCCCUUGGCCUCGAAGGCCUCCUCCGGCUUCAUGAAGCCCAGUGACGACGAUGACGACGGUGCGGCCAGCGCCCCAGCCUGGAGGAAGAACGCCGCGCAGCCCAACCCUUCGCAGGGGAAACAGGAAGUGGAGAGGGACGCCACGGCAGAGAGGAGGCCACAGACUGACCCCACGGCACAAACAUCUGGCUCAGCACUGGCAGAAAAAAGUCAAGACAAGAAACCACAAGAGAGCCCACCAAGUUCCCAGAGUGAGGAAGAGGAGGAGGAGGAGGAAGAGGAGGUCCCCAUCUUGACUGAUGAGGAGAUGAACAAGCUGGGAGCCAAACUAGUCAAGGCAGAAUUAAUGGAAAACACGGCCAUGGCCGACAAAAUCAAAGCACAGCUGGAAGCGGCCCGUAGCGCCAGGGAGAGGCGAGCUCAGAGGCCGUCAGGACUGCAGGCAGGAAAAGCUCAGGUAUCUGGUGGAUCUAAGGAACCCGAGGAAGUGGUUCUGUUCCGGACCGACCACUCGGGUCGUGCUUGGCCUGUCAACGCUCCCUCAGAAUCCAUGGACCCUAGAGAAGGGCGCAGGAAGAAGAAAGCGAUUGAGACACACCGCGAUGGAGAGCGCGUCCGUUAUUUCCAUGACGAUGACGGCAUGAACCUGCAGGAGAUGGUGAGGAGGGAGAAGAUGAGCACGGCGGAGGACCAGAAUGCUCUCUACUCGCGCAUGGCUGCCAAGAUGAUGGGCAAGCAGGACGGGGACAACUACACGCUGGACGACAUGUUCGUGUCGAGCGCGGCGCAGCGGGAGCGAGCGGGCGUGGACGAGGAUCGCCAGCGCAGCAAGGCCAUCCACGAGACCCGGCGGCUCGCCGCACGCAUGGACAAGUGCCCCUACUGCUUCGACAACCCCGAGCUGCCCAAACACCUCAUCGUGGCCAUCGGGGCAAAGUCGUACUUGUGUCUGCCCAACAUGCUGUCCCUGACGGAGGGCCACUGCAUCAUCGCCCCCCUGCAGCACCACUGUGCGGGCACUGGUCUGGACGAGGACGUGUGGACCGAGAUGCAGAUGUUCAGACGCGCGCUGGUGAAGAUGUUUGAGGACCAGGACCAGGACUGUGUGUUCAUGGAGACGCACAUGAGCCUGAAGAGACGCAUGCACAUGGUGUACGAGUGCGUGCCCCUGCCUAAAGAACUGGGGGACAUGGCACCCAUUUACUUCAAGAAAGCCAUCAUGGAAUCUGACGAGGAGUGGGCCAUGAACAAAAAGGUGGUGGACCUGUCGCAGAAGAACAUCCGACAGGCCGUCCCCAAAGGCCUCCCGUACUUCUCUGUGGACUUUGGUCUCCAGGGCGGCUUCGCUCACGUCAUUGAGAAUGAGCAGAAGUUCCCUCACUACUUCGGAAAGGAAAUUCUGGGCGGGAUGAUGGACCUGGAGCCUCGUCGCUGGAGGAAGCCCAUCCGGGAGAACUUUGACGACCAACGCAAGAAAGUGCUGGAGUUCGCCCAGUGGUGGAAGCCCUUCGACUGCACCAAGACCGAGUGACCGAGCUCAUCCAGGCGCUUUAAGUAUGAGGGCCAAUACAAGAGAGGAUGUAGGGGUUUUAUUGGACAGCAGGACUUCAAGACGAGCGAGGGCCGUUAUUUGUAAAGACUAUUUGGCCUCUCCUAAAGAGAGGACAUUGCAAAUAGACUCAAGAACGAGGCCCCUCACUUUUGUCAUGUGUUAAUGUGUCAGUAUAGAGAUUUCACAUGGAAAGAUUCCCUUCAGCCAACAUGACAUGAAACAAUAAAAUAUGUAAUGUGCACCACAAUAAAAAAAAAACGUUAUUUAGUCAUCUGAGUGCUCCGGUCAUCUCUGGGUGAGUCUAUUAGAAGUAGCCCAGCCAGCGUUUCUGAUCCUGUGGUCCUGGACUGUGAGCACCGACAAGGCUUGAGCGCAAGUGACACCCCUUCUACAAAUAAAAUAUGUACUUUUAACUUGCUUCCACUGGCCUGUCUCUGGCAAUGCUUACUCAUGGGCACAGACUCAGAAGGAACCCCACAUGCUACAGAUGCCCAGGUGGCAGUAAACACAGGUGUGGGUCAUCAUGGUCCCCUGACCCUCAGUGCCC